UUUUAACAUAUCUAGGGGUUUGGUAAAUCCACCAAACUAUCGCGUCGACAACACGCUCAUAAAAAAGAGCGUCUACUCACGCUCACCGUCAAGAUUUUCACUGAGAGCUUCGCAUUUGGCUAUUUACCAGAUCUACCACGCCAACCAACUCUCACCCACACACCAUUGCUUUUCCUUUCUAUAAAUACGCUCACUCGCUCGUCUAUCUAAACUCGCGUCUUGCCCUUCGCUUUCUCUUCUACACCUCGACUCCUCGAGCUCUAGACUCCAUUGCCACCCGGUCUCUGUGCUCAGCCUCUGUUUUCCGUAAAGAAAAAUGGCGUCACACAUUGUUGGAUAUCCUCGUAUGGGCCCCAAGAGAGAGCUCAAAUUUGCUCUGGAGUCCUUCUGGGAUGGAAAGAGCAGUGCCGAGGAUUUGGAAAAAGUAGCGGCUGACCUUAGGGCAUCAAUCUGGAAGCAGAUGUCCGAAGCUGGAAUCAAAUACAUCCCGAGCAACACGUUUUCGUACUAUGAUCAGGUGCUCGACACAACUGCCAUGCUUGGUGCUGUACCGCCAAGAUACAAGUGGACUGGUAAUGAGAUUGGUUUCUCCACUUACUUCUCUAUGGCCAGAGGAAAUGCCUCUGUUCCAGCUAUGGAGAUGACCAAGUGGUUCGACACCAACUACCACUUCAUUGUCCCUGAGUUGGGCCCUGAUGUUAAGUUUUCUUAUGCUUCCCACAAGGCAGUUAAUGAAUAUAAUGAGGCCAAAGCGCUUGGUAUUGAUACCGUUCCAGUUCUUAUUGGCCCUGUCACAUACUUGUUGCUCUCUAAACCUGCCAAGGGUGUCGAGAAGACUUUCUCUCUUCUUUCACUUCUUGACAAAAUUCUCCCAAUCUAUAAGGAAGUUAUUGCUGAGCUGAAGGCUGCAGGUGCUUCAUGGAUCCAAUUUGAUGAGCCCACACUUGUUUUGGACCUUGAAUCCCACAAGUUGGAGGCAUUCACCAAGGCCUAUGCUGAGCUUGAAUCAUCGUUGUCUGGCCUUAAUGUUUUGAUCGAGACUUAUUUUGCCGAUGUGCCUGUGGCUGCAUACAAAACCCUUACCUCAUUGAGUGCAGUUUCUGGUUUCGGAUUUGAUUUGGUUCGUGGGACUCAGACUCUUGAUCUGAUCAAAGGUGGAUUCCCUUCUGGAAAGUACCUCUUUGCUGGAGUUGUUGAUGGGAGAAACAUCUGGGCCAAUGAUCUUGGUGCAUCUCUUGCCACUCUGCAGUCUCUUGAGGGCAUAGUCGGAAAAGAAAUCAAGUCAUGGCUUGCAUUCGCUGCACAAAAGGUUGUUGAAGUGAAUGCUCUGGCAAAGGCACUUGCAGGCCAGAAAGAUGAGGCCUUCUUUUCUGCAAAUGCUGCUGCUCAGUCUUCGAGAAAAUCAUCUCCCAGGGUGACUAAUGAAGCCGUCCAGAAGGCUGCUGCUGCCUUAAAGGGUUCUGAUCACCGCCGUGCAACAAAUGUGAGUGCCAGACUCGAUGCUCAACAGAAGAAGCUUAAUCUUCCGAUCCUCCCCACCACAACUAUUGGUUCCUUCCCUCAGACCAUCGAGCUCAGGAGAGUUCGUCGUGAGUAUAAGGCCAAGAAGAUCUCUGAGGAGGAUUACAUCAAGGCUAUCAAGGAGGAGAUCAACAAGGUUGUCAAGCUUCAGGAAGAGCUCGAUAUCGAUGUUCUUGUUCAUGGAGAGCCAGAGAGAAACGAUAUGGUUGAGUACUUUGGUGAGCAAUUGUCCGGCUUUGCCUUCACAGCCAAUGGGUGGGUCCAAUCCUAUGGAUCUCGCUGUGUAAAGCCGCCAAUCAUCUAUGGUGACGUGAGCCGCCCGAAACCUAUGACUGUCUUCUGGUCAACUGCUGCCCAGAGCAUGACCAAGCGCCCGAUGAAAGGAAUGCUCACGGGUCCCGUCACCAUUCUUAAUUGGUCUUUUGUCAGAAAUGAUCAACCCAGGUUUGAGACGUGCUACCAGAUUGCUUUGGCCAUCAAGGAUGAGGUUGAGGACCUCGAGAAGGCUGGAAUCACGGUCAUCCAAAUUGACGAGGCUGCACUGAGAGAAGGCUUGCCUCUGAGGAAAUCCGAGCAUGCUUUCUACUUGGAUUGGGCCGUGCACUCUUUCAGAAUCACAAAUGUCGGUGUCGAGGACACCACUCAGAUCCACACGCACAUGUGCUACUCGAACUUCAACGACAUCAUCCACUCCAUCAUCGACAUGGAUGCUGAUGUCAUCACCAUCGAGAACUCGCGUUCGGACGAGAAGCUGCUUUCGGUGUUCCGUGAGGGAGUUAAGUACGGUGCUGGAAUCGGGCCUGGAGUGUACGACAUCCACUCUCCGAGAAUCCCAUCUACCGAGGAAAUUGCUGACAGGAUUAACAAAAUGCUUGCUGUCCUAGAAACCAACAUCUUGUGGGUGAACCCAGAUUGUGGUCUCAAGACACGUAAGUACGCGGAGGUUAAGCCCGCGCUCGAAAACAUGGUUUCGGCUGCUAAGCUCCUCAGGACCCAGCUUGCCAGUGCUAAAUGAGCCAAUAUUAUAAUGUGAUUCUAUGAGCCAAGUCUAGAGAAUGUUUCUCUAUUAUAUUAUCAAUGUUUCACUAUUUUUUUUUCACAUUUUUACUUCUUUUUGGGUUUGUGGUUUUUGUGUUCUUGAGUCUUGACCAUUGUGUGUGAAAGGCUUUCUAUUGAAAGGUUUUUGCAUGUGUAAAAGAUGGUUGGAAAUUGAAGUAAUUUUUUACUUUCAGAUUGUGUUUUCUUCCCUUUGCUUUCUUUAGCCAACUGAUAUCGGUUAAUGGCCUAGCAAAUGAAAUGUUCAUCAGUCUCAAAAAAUGCAUAUUUA